AUGAUUGGCUUGGCGACUAUCGUAGUGACUGUCGUUCAAAUUCAAAUCGCCAAUCAACAACGCGCACAAGACUUUUUUAUUGCCAAGGCUGAUAGAGACGAAAGCUUAAAAAUUGCCGAUCAAAUAAGAUGGGACGCGAUCUUAGCCAAAUAUUUUGAAGAGAUAUCUGAACUUUUCACGUCUCCUAACUUCUCAUUGGCCAACAUCGAUGGUGCUCUUACAUCUGUUAUACGAGCCAAAACUCUUGCUGCUUGUCGCCAACUCAAUACAGAACGUAAGGCAUAUCUAAUUCAAUUUCUUUAUGAAGCAGGUGUUCUUAUAGCUGGUCAGAAUCCUAUUGACAUCCAAGAUGCUAAUUUGGACGGCAUUAACCUUGGUUUGACUCCGUAUCCAUUUUUAUCCUGGAAUCUUGACAGUAUUUCACUUCCUGGAACAUCACUCAUCAAUGCCUCAUUUUUUGGAAGAUCUCUGCGAGACGCGAACUUUUCAGCAGCUAUUUUGACGAGUGCUAAUUUUCAAGGCUGUGACCUCGAAAAUGUGUCUUUCCACUUUUCUGAUCUCCGAAAUGCAACUUUUUCAAGUAAAUGCAAAAAAUGCGAUAAUGUAGACUACUCACUCUGUGAUUUGCGAGGAUCAAAUAUAGGUGAUAAUCAUUUGCGAAACGCUCGUUCGAUCUUCUUUACUGUUCUACCCAAUAUGACAUUUGGACGAAACCAUAAUCUAUUGUUUAAUGGUGAUGCCGAGCAGGAACAAACCUGCUCUUUGAUCAACAUUGCGCCGAUUCGCUAUGGCAAAUGGAUAUCGGUUCCUGCUGGCAGCGUCGGUGUGAUGACUGUCGAUUCCACGAUUGCUGAGAUGGUUGCCCAUCAAUGGAUCUCUUCAACGUCCGACGACGACAAGCACUUUAUAAGUCAACUUAUCUGGAAUGUAGGGCGAUGUUCGUUUGUUGCUGCUGGAUAUUGUCAAGUGUCCUUUGCUAAUGAGUUUUAUGUACCUGAACGAUAUCGAGCUUCACAUUUAUCAAACUAUUCGUUAUAUCUAUCUGUAUUUUGUAGUCCACUACAAAAUGAAAGUGAUAUGACGAUUGAUGUGGUUUUACGCGCACUCAAUAAGUUCAAUGACACUGUGAAUUUGGAAAUUUUCGGGCUGUAUCCAGGACAACGCUUCAUAAUGAAAAGUUUUCUUUAUCCACCGAAUACUACUCAUGGAUCGAUUGAGUUCAUCUUUAACAAUAAGCAAACAGUAACAAGUGAAAGUCGACAAGAGCCUUUUGCUUUCUGUGACAACAUUUACUUAUCGCUUGAACUGUCGUCGAUCGCUAAGUUAAUUCAAAAACGACCACCAUCACGAUGA